AUGGAAGGAAGGGACCUCCUCGAGGAACACAUUCUCUGCAACACGGAAUACCAGAAGUAUGCAUUCAACAUGGAUCGUAUUGCUAUCGCCUUGUACUUGGACCUGAUGCUGCGCAUUGAUCGUGCAGUAGAUAUGCUCUCGGUGUCCUUGGGUGACAGGCGAUCCCUGGAGGCCCUUCUGGAUGCAAUGGGUGGCCAGCCGACUUUGCAUCAGUUAAACGUGAAUGAAUUGUUUUUCACUAAUGAUUUCCGCUCCGUAUCAGAUUCAGACCUUGUCCAGCAAGCCUGGGAAGCUUGUCAGGCGGCGAUCCUCCCUCACAUGGCUGAGCGCUUUCACACGGUGGGAAGAAUCAGAACGAAUACAAUACCAGAUGAGCAUAUGACGGUGCUUGCCAAGAUCUCCCGUGAUGGAGACCUUCUGAAUUCCUUGAAGCCGUUUAUCAUGAAGAACGAUGUUAUGCCAGGCAUCACAAUGAACACGGAUAAUCUCACGUUGACUUGUAGUCGUUAUCUAACUCGUAUCAGAAAUUCAACGCGGCAGCUCCUCCAGAUAGAAACACCGAAGGGUGCUCAACUGUUGGGUCGUGCUAUCCGCGUCGAAGGACGGCAUGCCCAUAUCGAAAUUUCGGGACCCCUUGAGGGCAAUGCGAUAAGGUCUGUGAUGACGUUCGGCAAGGCAUACCUCACGUCUGCAGAUGCUUGCCGCGAAAAGGUUAUCCUCGCGAUCUUGAAAGGGUCCACGCUUUUGUCACAUCCGCUUGUUAAGGCCAUAUGGUUUCCCAACCAGCCAAUCUGCUGGAUGCCAUCCAGCCACCUGAAGCCCAAAAUACCGAUUUCUUAUGCAAACGUUAAAGUCAAUCCCUCUCAGGGAAGAGCCAUCGGGAAAAUCUUGUCUGCCUCAGAUAUGGAUCGAGUGGUCUUGAUUCAGGGACCCCCAGGAACCGGCAAGACGACAGUCAUUACUGCCGCAGUCACCAGCAUUAUUUCGUUCCCCGCUGCCAGUAGUCGGGCCAUUUGGAUAGCUGCACAAUCGAAUGUCGCUGUGAAGAACAUUGCUGAGAAGUUUGCCAAAAUAGGCUUCUAUGACUUCGCAUUGCUAGUGUCAAAGGGAUUUCACUUUGACUGGCAUGAACAUCUUUACGAGAAGCUUGAAUCGUGCCUUAUUCGCUCUGGAACAUUCAGUCGCGAAGGCGUUGGCGCGUCCAGGCAACUUCGCGGGGCCAGAGUCAUCCUGUGCACAGUAGGGAUAUUAUCAAAUAACCAUAUCGAACCCUUCCGUCGUGUCAAUCCAGUGGACAUGCUAAUCUUCGACGAAGGGAGUCAGAUAGAAGUCGGAAAUUACCUUGCAGUUUUCGACCGUUUUAAGUUCACCCUCUCGAAGAUCGUCUUCAUCGGAGACAACAAGCAGCUGCUACCUUAUGGGCAAAGGGAGAUCCCGACACUACAUAGCAUUUGCGAAGUCAACCACCUGCGCAAAAAAGCAAUAUUCUUGGAUACGCAAUAUCGCAUACCUCGCGUGCUCGGCGACUUCAUUUCACAGAGAGUCUAUAACGGGAAAUUGAAGACCUGUCAUGCAAACUCGGUCAGUCUCCCAUGCCGCUUCGUCGACGUUGAAAGAGGACAUGAAGAACGAUCAGGAAAGAGUUGGAUCAAUUCGUCAGAGGCGCAAGUUGUAGUGCAGAUCGCCGCUGCAUACCAAGCCAAGGCACUUGACUUUCGUAUCAUCACACCGUACGAUGCCCAACGCUCUCUUAUUGAACGUGAGCUGCAGGUGGCGAACGUACGUCAUGAAGACAAAGUAUUCAACAUAGAUUCAUUUCAAGGUUUGCUCUCUCAUCCUGGCUCUGCCCUUCCAAGCUCAACCUAA